AUGAGUAGCUUUGUGCAGCAGUACAUCCAAGCUGUACCCGUCUGCGGCAUGUUGAUUUCCCUACCUCUGCUCAUGCACACCGAAGACGAUGGCAGCUUGUGGGAUCGUUGCAGCUCUUCCACAUAUCUGCGAUUCGGCGGCUGUUACCAGUAUGUUGCCUCGCAGCAACCACUUAGUGUUAAGGUCUACAAGUUCUUGAAGGCGAUGCACGAUGCGCCUGAAGAGAUCAGGGAAUAUCUUGACGUUCUCGGCCGUUCGCUACAUGAACAACGCGUGGCACGUGAGCGAACCCCUCUUCGAGCGGCUCUUGAUCGGUUCCAAGGCAACAGUGACGACGCAAUGGCGGCCUUCGAGAGUGCUCCGGCAUGGGAUGAAAUCAUGGACCAUAUUGGAGCGUUGAACCAGACCAGACCGCCUCAUUCAAGCGCGGCACCCAGCAGCCUCACAGAAAGCGCAGUGCAGUCACCGGCAGGUGCAUUCUACGGGGGCAUCAAGAUCAUCCUGUCGACUGCAGCUAGGAUAGAGAAUGAAGUCGAUUCCGUCGCAAACGCCCUGCUCGAGAUGACAGAAGUGAUUGAGGUCUGUAAUAGGGAGAGGCAACUAUACGAAAGCGAUAAGCUGUCCCGCAUGAUCGCAGAUUGCUACCUGGAGGUGCUCAACGUUUUGCGACUAUCGCUCCAAGAGAUUCAAGGCCGACGAUUUAUGCGGACACUCAUGGCUUCCAUGGACAAUAGCUACCGCUCUGAACUUGACAAAGCAAUGACGACGAUCCGGCGAAUUUCAGAUUCCAUCCUCAGAGAAGUGGACUAUCAACAUCGCCUCGAGAUGCGAGAAACGAGCUCUCGAGUUAUUGACAUGCAAUUUCAGCAGCACAAGAUGCUUGCUCUUCUCGAAAAUCAGCAAAGUAUCCUACAAGAGAUGGACGAGGAGAGGAAGGUCAUGACUGCCACUCAGGGCCAGCAAGAAGUCUUGCAGGCCAUUCAGCCGAUCGAGAGGCAGCUCCAGUCGCAGAUUGGCUCGAACAUACAGAUCACCACCGCACAUUAG